AUGGUUGAAGGUGAUUAUAUUCCAAUGGAAAUUCACAAUGACAUGGGUGUUAGGGUGUAUGUGGAACUGAAGAAAGAGAACAAAGCAUUACCAAUGUACCCAUUAUGUAUCAUUACAACUGAUAGAAGCAUGGAGAUAUGUAUAUCGGAUGAGAGUUGUGUUGAAGGUGAUUAUUUGCAAAUCGGAUACACGAGUCAAACAGUUGGUUCCAAUGAUUUUGCAUCAUCAAGUUGUGGAAAGGCUGAUUUGUUAUUCGAAAACAACAAGGGUAUGGUUAUUGAUGACAAGAACCAAAAAGUAGUUGCCGUCGAUCAAGUAUACAACGAUAAAGAUACAUUAAAAUCUGUGAUGGUGAAUUACGCAAUUACGAACAGGUUCAACUAUCGGACAGAAAGGAGCAAUGCAAUAAGCUACACUCUUGUAUGCAUAGCAGGAGAGUGUGAUUGGAAAUUCAGGGCGUCAAGUGUCGGUAAGUCAGGAAUGUUUAGAGUUAGGGAGUUUCAAGACAAACAUACAUGUCCAUUGAAGGAAAAGGUUUAUUCCCAAUGCCAAGCUACAAGUCGGUUGAUAAGUGGGAUUGUCAAACCAAAAAUAUCAAAUCAUAAGAGGAAAUAUACGCCUAAAGACAUUGCGGAGGACGUCAAAAAUGAUUUCGGAAUGGAUGUGUCGUACAUGGUUGCUUGGCGGGCCAAAGAAAGGGCGAUGAACGAUUUAAUGGGUGAACCGGCUGAUUCUUAUGAAAGACUACCUGGAUAUCUAUACAUAUUGGAUAAGACUUACCCGGGUUCACAUAUCAGAAUGCGUAAAACCCGCGAAAAUGAAUUUCUGUAUGUUUUUAUAGCACUAUAUGCAUUUAUCAAAGGCUUUGAUUAUUGUCAGCCAAUUGUGGUGGUUGAUGGAAGCCACUUAAAAACACCAUACAAUGGAACAUUUGUCUCAGCAAGCACAUUAGACGGUGCAGGCAACAUACUUCCCUUAGCAUAUGGUGUGAUUGAUUCUGAGAAUGACAGAUCAUGGACGUGGUUUUUUGAGCGUUUCAGAGAAUCAUAUGGAAUCAGAGAGAAUAUGUGUAUCGUAUCAGAUAGGCAUGAAAGUAUAAACAAGGCUGUUUGUCGAAUUUAUCCAGAAGUUGCACAUUAUGCAUGUAUUUGGCAUUUGUGGGAUAUGCGCGUGGCAGAGUAUUUGGAAUCGGCUGGUAGAGACAAGUGGGCUAGAUUGUAUGCAUCUGUUAACCGAGGGUGGACAAUGACUUCUAACAUAGCAGAGUGCAUUAACCGACAUCUUCUAGCAGCUAGAGAACUGCCUAUAUAUGACUUUCUCGAAGAAGUUAGAAGGAUGUUUGGGAGAUGGAAUUACAAUAACCGGAGAAAUGGAACAUACACAUUCACUACACUCGGUAAAAAGUUUCAGGAGAUGCUAUCAAUGAACGAGUAUCUAUGUCUACGAAUGACGGUAGAAUCGUCAACCGAAUUCGUGUACACAGUACAUGAUGGAGGACGACGAUUCAUUCUUAAUUUGAAUAGCAAAACUUGCAGUUGUCGUAUGUUUCAACUAGAUGAAAUCCCCUGCCCGCAUGCAUGGGCUGUUAUCAAAAAGAAAAAUCUGGUUGCUGAGGAUUAUUGCUCUGAUUUGUUCAAACCGGCGACCGUGUUGAAGACAUAUGAUGUACCUGUGGAUCCUCUACCCGACGAGCGUGAAUGGAACAUUGCCAAAAACAUCUUGGAGGAUGUGGUUUUGCCCCCAAGAUACAAGAGACCGCCUGGUAGGCCAAAGAAGAGGCGUGACAAGCAUUUAAGUGAAUUGUUGUUUGGAAAGGGCAGACAUGCUUGCAGUACUUGUGGACAACUUGGGCACAACAGACGUUCAUGUAGUUUUGAGCCUCAGAGGAAGUGA